UCCUAACAAGAUUGUUUUUGUUUGUUUGUUUAAUAAGAUCCUAGAGAAUGAGAAGAUGCCAAAUGAAUGGAGAAAGAGUGUGCUCGUCCCAAUAUACAAGAAUAAGGGAGAUGUGCAGAGCCGCAGUAAUUACAGAGGAAUGAAACUGAUGAGCCACACCAUGAAGCUAUGGGAAAGGGUAUUGGAGGCGAGAUUGAGAAGAGAGGUAGCAAUCUGUGAACAGCAGUACGGGUUUAUGCCAAGGAAGAGCACGUCGGAUGCAAUUUUUGCUUUAAGAACGUUAAUGGAGACGUACAGGGAAGACCAGAGUAAGCUACAUUGUGUGUUUGUAGACCUGGAGAAGGCAUACGAUAGAGUGCCGAGAGAUGAGUUAUGGUAUUGUAUGAGAAAGAGUGGAGUGAAUGAGAAGUAUAUCAGAGUGGUGCAGGACAUGUAUGAGAACAGUGAAACAGCAGUGAGGUGUGCAGCUGGAACGACUGAAUGGUUCAAGGUGAAGGUGGGACUCCAUCAAGGAUCUGCUUUGAGUCCUUUCUUGUUUGCCAUAGUGAUGGAUAGCUUGACGGAUGAAGUGAGGCAAGAGUCACCAUGGAACAUGAUGUUUGCGGAUGAUGUUGUGAUAUGUGGUGAAAGUAGAAAGGAGGUUGAGUUGGGUUUGGAGAGAUGGAGGGAUGCAUUGGAACGAAGAGGAAUGAAGGUAAACGCCGGAGCAGGCGGGUCAGAAUGAGUAACUUGAAGAGCCAUGUGGCGGGGAAGGACGACCCUCUGAUACAGUACAUCCUCGAGCACUCGCUGAGGGAACACCCGGCUCUGAAGAAGCUCCGACUCAAAACCAUGGAGCACAAGUGGAGCGUAAUGAUGGUGGCGUGUGAACAGUCUCAGUUCAUGGCAAACCUGGUGAGACUCAUCAAAGCCAAGAAGGCCAUCGAGAUCGGUGUGUAUACAGGCUAUAACACCCUGAGCAUUGCGCUGGCGUUACCUGGCGAUGGUACGGUGGUGGCGUGUGAUGUGAGUGAAGAAUACACCAACAUCGGAAAGCCCUUCUGGAAAGAGGCCGGCGUUGAACAAAAAAUCGACCUGCGCUUGCAGCCGGCGCUCAAAACUCUGGAUGAUCUCUUGGCUGCAGGAGAGGCUGAAACGUUUGACUUUGUGUUUAUUGAUGCCGAUAAGGAAAAUUACGACAAUUAUUACGAGAAAUCACUGCAGCUGUUGAGGAAAGGAGGAAUCAUCGCCAUCGACAACGUGCUGUGGAGCGGGAAGGUGCUGAGUCCUGCAGAAGGCGACGCGGAGACGCAGAGCAUCGCGGCGCUGAACAAGAAGCUGCACAGAGACGCGCGAGUGGACCUGAGCAUGCUGAUGAUGGGGGACGGAGUCUCACUCGCCUUUAAACUGUAACACGCUGCAGCUUCAGGCGGAGACACGCUAACGUACGUGUGUGUGUGUGUGUGUGCGUGUCCUGCUCUGAACACACCUGACACAAGGUCAUGAGUGAAGGAGCACAGCUUAUACAAACUACGCCCCAACUAUUGCUUACCCAUAAUGCAUCAGUGACCUGCAGGUCUCUUACUUAAUUCUGUACCCUUAGAGGCGGGGCUUCAUUUAUUUCUUGAUCGCAGUCUCAGGACUGACACAAUGAGGCAUCAGUUAAAAUAAUUUAAAAGCCGGCACCGACGUCCUGUGUUCUCGAGGUGUGUUAGAGCGGACUGAGAAGCGUUAGCGUGUCUCUCAUGACCAUCAGCUGUGUUUUAACGAUAGAAAGACGAGGAAAGGGCCUGAUGUUUAAAUAAGAAACACUCGUGUACCGUGGUGUCGCUUUUUAGAUCACAUCAGGCCCUCAGAUUAAAAAAAUCGCCACUAACAGGUUUAGCGUUGCGUAAAUGGCACGUGGAGCCGCUGUAUGUCAGUCAUACGUGACUAAAUAAAGAGACAGGAAGCAGCAGAA